AUGGCAAUGAAUAUUGAAUAUUAUGCAUGCAAUGUUAAUAUAUGUAUUACUGUAUUCUUAGCUUUAGAAUCAUGCCCAGUACCUGUAGGCAUCGGUGCACCAUCCUGUGGAAAAUCGACAGCUAUGCGCCUUGUGAGAAAGUUGAUGGGUAUGCACAUUGUGUCCCAGUCAUCUGGUGAAUUUGUUGUUUCGAAUUUGACCGUUACAACUAUUCCUGUUUGCUGGGAUGACCCAACAUAUGCCACCUGUGUUCGCCAGCCAUUAAUGUCAGUUUUCAAUGGUCUCGGCAACCAAACACAAGCACGAGGAGAUGAGAAACCGAAAACGUCGUUUCUGUUAACAGUGAACUUUACAUUGGACGAUGACCUAAGGUAUUGAUAUGAUGCCUUAUUAAUUCCAUUCUUAGGCUUAGCUGUUCACUAUAAACUAGAUUUCAGACUCAGUGAACUGAUAAGAAUAAAAUGCGACAUAGUGUUGUUAUUUGACGCCAUGAAUCCUUUAUAACAAAGCAUUUGUGUUCAUAUGUAAUAACUUCAUACGAAAAUAAUAACUUCAUUUACAUUAAAGAGCUGUUUAAAAAUGUAGAGCAAGUGCUAAUCUUUACAAUUUCAGUUGUGGGAGAACAGUAUACAAAAAGAAAAUACACAGUAUUUUCCCUCACAAAUUAUAGUAAUUUUCUUCUUGCAUCUCAAAAUGCCUGUCGAAUUUGAUAUAUUUACUCUACGGACCAGAAAUUUUGCUUGUCUACAUAAUUUCCGAUUAGCCAUCAGGUUAUUAACCAUGAAAGCUUGGUAGCCAUGCAGUCAAUGAAUCAAUGUAAUUCAUUUUCUUUAUAGUCAAUUAUGUUUAUUCUUCUUUAAAUCUGAUAUAUAGAUCAUUCGAAAGGACGACGCCUAUCUACUUCCAGAAACUGGUGAUGGACGGCACGGAGGUUGCUUUAGAUUUCCUCACCGCUAAAACAGACAUCUUCGCCUUGGCAUCCACUCAUGCGCUACCAGAUAUAAUACGGAUGAGUCAGUGCAUUAAUUCUGCUAACCUCGCCAAACAUAUGGAUUAUUUUAGGAAUCAACUGACAGGGAUGUCUCCAAGGCUACCUGAAAUAUACUCACUUUAUCGGCUGUUCGCACACGAGGUAAUGAAAUCGAUGCUCAUUACCAUCUAAACAUAUAGGAGGCCCAAUAUAGUUAGUGGUAAUAGGCAUAAAAAUGACUAAAAUAAGUUUAAAAUUCAAUAAAAUUUCAUUUUGUUACCGUGGAAAUAUUUUGCCUGUCAUAUAGAUAGAGCAAAUCUCGACAACUUAUAUAAUUAUAUAUGUCAUAUGAUGUAUAUGGCGAUGUUGUUCACUUGGUAAUAUUGUUCUCAAGUGCAUAUAUGUGUGUGACAAAUAUUCACUUGAGAACAUUUUCUGCAUCAGUCAUCAUAUAGAACUAUAUAUUAAACAUCUGUGAGUGCAGAAAUCACACUUGAAUGAUAUUCUAUUCUAUCUAGAUUCUCCCGAGAGCUCUGAUAACUAAAUUCUGUCUUAUCUUGAAGUAACUAUUGAUGUACAACAUUCUUUAAUAUUUCAGAUAAUAAGUUUGGUAGACAAUGAAGCAGUCCUUAACGCGCAAGCCUUUGACGACUACAUCGAAGCAAAUUUUUUACCACACGUCAAGUUGCUAUACGCUACAACGGUAAAAGUGCAUACCAAUCUCGAGGAUGUCAUGAAGCUGUUGGUCCAAGCCAUUGUAUCAAAUGAAAGGAACGAAUCCGAUGUAAGUUGUAUUAAAAGGGUAUUUUUGAAGAAAAAUCUUUUAUUUGUAUUUCCAUUUGUUACGUUUGUUUUUUUUCCAUUUUAGCUUAGGACGUGGAUGAGACCAACAGUCGUCGCAAAGCUGGACAAAACCGAGUUCGUUGCAUUCAUUCUACCGAAAGCAUUAUUGGAAAUUUCAAAAGCUAGCCUUUCGCCUCCAACCGAUAGGAAUGUACGAGACCUGAUUACCAGCGUUGGUGGCAGCUCAGAUUUCAAGUCGACAUUUAAAGAUCACCCCAAGAAGAUCAGCUGCGUUCGAAUUCCAAGAACAGCACUGAGCACGAGUAUCUUGCAACAAAUUGAUGGGUGUAUGUACCUAAUUUAUUAGUUGGACUGCAUCCUAUAUAUAUUAUAUAAUAGAAUUUCGCUUACCUCAAAAUUCCGCAACAGUCUAUUUCACCUGUAAAGAAUCAUCAUCUGUAAAGAAUCAUCAUGAUUCUUUACAGAUUCUUUACAGAUGAAACAGACUGUUGCCGAAUUUUGAGAUAAGCGAAAUAUAUAUGAGAUUAUGUAUAUAUAGUUAAACUAAUCUUGUUUUUAUUUAGUUUUCAACAUCGUCCAGGACGAGGUCGAAAGUGGCGAGGAGUCCUGUGCUAAUUGUGCAGCUCUAGAGAUGGAACUUAAGCUGUGCAAAACAAAGAACGAGGAAGAGCUUGAUCGGUGCCAAGAGCAAAUUAAAGGUUUGCAAAAAGACUUAGUAACGACUGUCAAAAUGAAGGAAGAUAUGGAAGGAAAGUUACUCAAGUUAAACAACGACCUAGUUGAUGCCAAAUCUGAACUAGAAGAGUCAAAAAAAUUAAGUAAAGCAAGUAAAGCGAAGCCACACAACCAACCCACUGUUUGCUACCAUCCAAGCACGAGUGGAUCCAGUAUUGUUGCUGAUUCGAUCAACGAUGCUGCUCUGGGUUGGUGUUCAUUUUAUCUAUAGUUCUCACAAAACAAUACUUUCCAGUUGAUUGAUUGAAAAUAACAUAUUUUUAUCAAUGUAAUUUAGAUUGUCAAAGAACUUCACCAGCCCAGACACCAGUCACCUCUAAUGUUGAUUGUCUUAAUGAUUCUGGUAAGAUCUGAUUAAAGUUUUAGUACGACUUGUAAUUCCAUCAUGUAUGUAACUUCUGCCAAAUAUUGUAUUUCUAAUAGGUCUUGGAGAUGAAACCAAUGACACACAAAAAGGUAUGAAUGUAUAUAACCUUGAUUGAACUGUCUGUGCCAGUGUAGGUAGUGUCAAUAAUAUUAACAAGCUGAGAAAUACAAAUAUAUAUAUAUAAUAUAUAUAUAUAUAUAAUCAUAAUUAUUAAUCUAUGCUCGUCCUUAUGCCAAUCAUUGCCAUUCAUUAACAACAUAAAAUUAGUACAACUUUACAAUGAGAUUGCCAGCAGCUACUGUGAAAACUAGCAGCAAACGUCUAUACACGUCUUGACUUUCUUUGUAUAAACAGAUGACGAAGUACCACAUAUAUCAUCAAAAAAGAGGAGGUCGCAAGACAGUGGUGAUAACAAAUUAAAAUGCAACCUUUGCAAAAAGAAGAAAAGGUCGGGUACGAUGCGGUGUACAAAGUGUGAGCAAUGGCAACAUUUCAAGUGUGCUGGGUAUGCCUUUACAGAAGCCAUUUGUGUGGAAGCCAACUUUCUUUGCAAAAAUUGCAAAUAA